AUGCUUUCCAAUUUCUGCAAUGUUCACUCAUUGCAGGUUUUCCUCAUCGUCGGUCCGGCAUUUAUUCUUUAUGGCUACAAUCAAUCCGGCCUCUCAUCACUCCUCACUCUCCCGGACAUGCUGAAGUAUCUUCCCCAAGUCGGCUCUUCGACAAUCAAGGGCGUUGUGAAUGCAACACUGCAGCUUGGUGCCCUAGUCGGAGCCCUUUCAUGCUCAAAGUUGGGCGACAUCCUCGGCCGACGGAGGACAAUCUUUAUCGCGGGUAUUCUCACCACAAUCGGCCAUAUACUGCAGUGUACCUCCUUCUCCUUGGCUCAAUUCGCUGUGGGUCGUGUCAUUUUGGGAUUUGGAAUUGGCCAGCUGAGUGUCACCGGCCCCGUCUGGCAAUCAGAAUGCUCUUUCUCUGAUAAACGUGGUCGACGAGUGAUUGCUGCGGGAAUCUAUAUCUGCGUCGGAUUCGCCCUGGCUACCCUGCCGACGCUGUUUUCUCUUAUGAUUACCUUUUCGAUCUUCACUUUGCCUGAAUCACCACGUUGGUUGAUUCAAAUGGGCCACAUUGAAGAAGCCAGCAAGACCCUCGCUUGGUUGAACGACCUCACUGUCGACGACCCAAGCAUCCAGCUUGAGGUAGCUCGUAUUGAGAGCGCGAUAGAGGCGGCGCCUAAGGCGCCUUUGAAAGAUCUUUUCAGCAAACAAGACGAAGCCAGUAUAAUUAUCCAAUUUAUGCAACAGCUUGUGGGCGGCAAUGUCAUCGCAACAUACACAAAGACUAUAUUUGAAACAAACCUGCAAUUGAAAGGCGAUCUUCCUGCUAUCCUUGCAGCGUGCUCACGGUACGCCUCUACAAGCUAUGGCGCGUCUAUCGCCGCUGCAAUUGCCAUGUUUCUACCAAAUGGUUUCCUUGUCGUUGUAUAUGCCACCUGGAGUUCUUGA